AUGUUUGUUAUUUACUUUAACACAGAUUCAUGUAGUGUAGUUUUCAAAGUAAACGCGUAGAUAUUAGUGUUGGAGAUUUGCGUUCAUAGAAAACUCUCAGCUGAGAGGUAACAGGUUCCACGACUGCCUCUCCCAGUGAAAUGUUAUUAAUUAGCUUUUAAAUGCAGAGCAGUGUCACAACACAACCCUGAUUGGUAAACCCUGCCGGCUCCCUCUGCUUGGGAUAAUGCACGCCUGCUGAGUGGAGGCAUUCCAGGCAGCGAAUCAGUUCAAAUGCUUGAAACCUGCCUGAAUGAAAGGAUAUAAGCAGUUUGGAGAACAUGUCAGUCAAGAUUUAGAGCCUUGUUUUUGAUAUGUUAAUUGGAGCUAAUCUGAAACCACAGAGAAAUAUUGAAGGUUUUUUUUUUUUUUUUUUUUUUUUAAUUCAAGCAGGAACUAAAGAAUUUUAAAUACUCAAGACUUAAUCCUAAUUUUGUCCUCACAUCAGCUAAACACUUUGACAUAAAAGGCACACAGAAAAUCAGGCUUAUUCGUUACUCAGUUAUAGUGUGAAUGAGAGGUUUCUGCCACACAAAUGUAUCUUUUCACUUGCACAAGAUCUAUUGUAUAUUAUCAUCUGUGUUUCCUGUGGAAAGAGUCACUGCAUUUUCAAUCUUUUUUUCUUUUUGUGGCAAUUACCGAUACAGUCCUUGUCCUAGCAGCAUGUGGUUUUAGCGCCACUCGUCCCCAAACAGCUGCUUAUAUGAGGCAGGUUUGCAGCAUUUGAAUGGACACUCCCUCUGGAAUGCCUGCUGUCAGCAAGUUUGCUUGAAAAGCACCAGGGGAGGUGGCACUGGCUGCCCAUCUGUACCCAUUACUGAGAACUUGUUGUUCACGUGCAUUUAGAAAAUACAGUUUGUAAACUGUGUUUUUAUGAAAAGCAGGAAACGCUUUAUGACAGGGGCACGCCUUUUCGGUUUUUAGGAACUUAAUUGACUAAACAUGAAGCUGUGUUCAUUUUCUAACAUUCAAAAUUCACACAAAAAGAUGUUAACGUUAAAAUAAGAACAAUUUCAACAACAACAAUUUCUGACCGACAUAGCUGAUAACACAUUCAAAUUCAGUGGUGUCGCAGAGCAGAUGUUACAUUUUCUACUUUGUUAUUGAUUCACCAAGCCCAGUAUAGUAGUCUGCUUCUAAUUCUAAAACUUCAUGACUUAUUUAAUUGAUGUACUAGAAAUAACUCCUAGCUGGUAUGAAUUCAAACAGAGAGGGGUAGAGAGAAGAAAAGGUCAGUUUUAGAUUCAGUGUAUUUUCUCAUUAAAGCAUGGAGAUAAUCCAGUGUAGAUGUCAGGUUUCCGUUGGCUAUGGUGCCUAAAGAUGAGCUACGCAUCUCAAAAUGUCACAAAGUGAUGGUGAACUGAGUCACAGGGAGUUUCCCCAAGUUUGGACUUUUCAUCAUUUCAAUGUCUGGACUUUCAUCAUCGUUGUCUCUUAUCUGCUAUUGUAGUGACAGCAAAUAUCCAACUUUUAUUUUGCACGUUCUCCACAGUGGAACCGAAUUACAACAGCAACGCCCGAUCUCUUUGAAUAGCACCAGUUUGGACAGGGAAAAACCUUUUUUGGUGUGAGAAAAAUGGGAGAGACCUCGGGAAGAAUAGCAGAGGGAACCCUUCUUCUAGGACUUUUACAUGAGUAACAGUACUAAACUAAGAGUGUCGAAAAACAGAAUCACAAAUCAAAUAAGUAAAAGAAAAAAAAGCUUCAAGUUUCAGCUAUAUAACUUUGGGACCUAAACCUCUUUGGUGGCUAAUAUAUCAAGUAACCAAGCAUGCUUUAGAAAGAGAUCAGAUCAACCCUGAACAUGACAGGAAACAUGUACAGAGAUAACAGAAGUGAAAUGGCAUGAGGUUGUCACUUAAAUUUAAAAAAAAAAAAAAAAAAAAAAAAAAAAAACCCUUGCGACAUCUGAUGAUAACACAUUUGUCAGCAUGUGUCAUCAUACGCGGCUGACGAAAACAUAUCCCGUUGGUAACAACCUGUGUGCCCGGAAACUGCGCGCUGUCUCUUUAACGAGCUGCAUGGCUGCUCUGCCCUGUGCUCCGGGCAGAGAGGGGAGGAGGGGGGAGGGGGGGAAGGAGGAGGAGGAGUUGAUGGAAAAGACGGGCUCUGAUUGGCCCGGGCCCCGACUGAGGGCAGUGACAUCACACGGAGGAGAGGUCCUGUGGUGUAAAAUAACAUCUCCUUUUAUGGGACGAGGUGGAGCGUUCCAUUCUCGGGAAAGAGGUGAGAGUUCUCGCUGCUCCCUCAGUGCUGUAGACGUUAAUUGGCCCGUGAGACUGUUUUUGUUAAUUAAUAAAGCUGUUUUAGAUGAGCUAAGUUAUUUCGCUAGUGUUAAUCAUGUUUUUAUGUCAUCACCUUUUAAUGUACUUCUCUUGAUUUUGAGUUUGAAGGUGGAUGAAACUGUGUUUUGCCCUCUUUUCUCGCUGUGUUUCUUGUGAUUUAAUAAGGUGUAAUUACUCAGAUGUAUUAGUGUUUUGGCAGUCAACAAAUGCCUCAUCACUAUGCCUUGUUGUCGUGUUGAGCACAAGUGUCCCCUUCAGAUAAUUCAUAAUUUAGUGCCAUUUAAAAGAUUCCUCUACUCUUUGCUGGGCAUUUUUUCCUCAUAGCUGAAGAUAAAAAUUGGCCCACAGCGUUGUUAGCAAUUAAGGCAAGAGGCACCACCAGGCAGGACUGUCUGGCACUUUCUGUGCACAGGAGAUGCCAAAUCCCGUCUCUUUUUAUCCCAUCUGUCUCCCCUAACAUUCACGCUUAUCAUUUACACACCACACACACACUCACACUCACACUCACUCUCACACUCACUCCUCAUUACUUAUCCACCCCUGGGCCUCCUAUCGCCUCGCUUGUUGUCUGUCCACAACACACUUUAACCUGGGACACUGAAGCUGCGGCUCUCCCAGAGUUCAAACCAGCAUGUAGCCACCCCCGCUGUUUGCCGAUGUGGUAUCUCCCGAGAGCGAACAGUCACCUCCCCUCCCUAAGAUCAGAUUUGUCUCCACUCCAAGGAAAUACACUGUACCUUCGAGUCGAGUAAAGAAAACUCUAGUUAACACUCUUCCAGCUGGACGGCCACAGAGACAUUUAGGGAGAAAAAAGGGGCCAGGGUUGUCUUCACUGGAAGACUUAGAAAUGUAGGCUGACAAGUCAUGACGAGAAUACUUCUGAAUCCCUGGGAGAUCUUCUGAGCCUUCCUCCCUCCUCCUUCCAAUGUUUCAGUGGUUGGGGCCAUGGCCUCUCAGUCAGGCAACAUGAACCGUGAGGACCGGAAUGUGCUCCGAAUGAAAGAAAGAGAAAGGAGAAAUCAAGAAAUCCAGCAGGGAGGAGGAGAGGCCUUUCCAGCGAAUUCCCCUCUCUUUCCUGAACCCUACAAAGUGUCCAGCAAGGAAGAUAAACUGUCCAGCCGUAUUCAGAGCAUGCUGGGCAAUUACGACGAGAUGAAAGAGCCGAUCAGCGACACACUUCCAAAGCUCGGCGGUAAACCUUCUAACAGCUCAUCUUCCUCUGAGGAGAAAUCGGGCCCACCUUUGUUUGGCGGGGACCAGCGUGGCGUCGGUAGCGGUGGCAGCAGCCAGAGCAAUAAGUGGACUCCUGUCGGCCCCGCUCCAGGUGGAUCCACAUCCCAGUCCCAGAAACGCUCAGGACUCGGCAGCCAAAGGGGCAACGGAGGCAGUAGCGGCAGCAGCAGUAGCCAAAGACACGGAGGGGAGGUGCGGGAAAAGAAGUCAAGUAAACACAGCGGAGGGUCAGAGCACUCGAAGUCGCACACAUCGAGUCCAGCAAAGGGCUCUCUGAGCUCCUCCAGCAGCAACAGCCACUUGCGGAGCUCCUUGUCUGCCGAGCAGCAUCACAGCAAGGAGCGCUACCGCUCAAAGUCCCCGCGAGACAGAGAGGCCAACUGGGACUCGCCCUCACGGGUUCAUACCUCUUUCCCCAGCGGACAGCACUCGAGUCAGGCCUUUCCCCCGUCUCUCAUGUCCAAACCUGGCUCCAUGCAGCAGAAGCCCACAGCGUAUGUGCGGCCUAUGGACGGCCAGGAAACGGCAGAACCCAAGAGCUCACAGGCAGAAAGCUACAGCGGACAGUCGCACAGCAGCACCAUGGGAGAGAUGAAGUCCAACAGCAAGGCCUCACUUUCUAAACUCAAGAUCCCCUCGCAGCCUGUAGAGGGAUCCGGUGACGCCAACUCCGUCGACGAGAUUCUGAAGGAAAUGACUCAGUCGUGGCCCUCUCCGCUGACAGCCAUCCACACCCCCUGCAAAACUGAGCCUUCCAAGUUUCCAUUCCCUACCAAGGACCCGUUUCCAAGUGGACACAAGCGAGGCAGUUCUUCCAAGAGCUCCAGCAGCCACCAGCCCAAAGCUUGUGACGACCAGCCAACGAUGCUGGAAGAUGACCUAAAGCUGAGCAGCAGUGAGGACAGUGAUGGAGAACAGGACUCUGCCAAAAACGCCUCAAGGAACACAUCAGCAAGCAAUAACAGUGAAGGAGCGGAGCAAUCUCGGGAUGACUCGAGCAGCCACAGCGGCUCAGAGAGCAGCUCGGGCUCCGACAGCGAGAGCGAAAGCAGCACGACAGACAGUGAAGCGAAUGAGCAUCCACGGCCCGCCUCUCCUGAACCCGAACAACCCAUGGCCAACAAGUGGCAGCUGGAUAACUGGUUCAAGAAAGCCAAGCAGUUCUCACCAGCCUCUCCAGUGGAUAAUAAUGUUCCAACCAAGUGCAAGAAAGAGGGCAGAGACAAUGGCUCAGGACGUGGCUAUGGUAGCCAGGGAGGGGGCUCAAAAGACUCAACGGCACCCGCCCCAAGCAGGGACCUACGGGUGGCGCAAAAGGGUCCAGAGGGUGGCCGUGGCCGGCAAAAAUCCCCCGCCCAGAGCGAAGGUGGCACAAACCCACGAAGGAGUGUAGGUAAAAAACAACCCAAAAAGUCGGAGAAACCCCCAGUGGUUGAGGAACCCAAGGGAGGUCUAAGAGUGGAGAGUGAGCCGGCUCCCGAGAUACCGCCCCAUCGGCCCAAAGCUGCUACGAAAGGUUCCCGCAAACCAAGCAUCAAAAAAGAACCUAAAUCCUCACCGAGGCCUACCGUGCCUGCCGUCACCACCACUGCAGAUAAACGCAAGGCCAAAGCGCCCACAAAGACUUCUCAGAAGUCUCGUGAGUUUGUCGACACAGACUCUUCGUCGACAGACUCCGAGGGGAACGACAGCAUCCCAUCCUCGUCGCAGACGCCCAAGUAUACAGAGAGCAUCAGGACGCCCGUGUGCAUGCUAUCUCCGAUGGAAGAGAAAGAGCUGCUGUCUCCGCUCAGUGACCCCGAGGAACGUUACCCUGCACGGCAGCCUCAGCAGCAGGUUUUACUAGUGAAGAUAGAUCUCAGCUUGCUGUCCAGGAUCCCAGGGCGGCCCUACAAGGAGCCUGCAGAGAUAAAAGUGGAGAGGGAUGACUCUCUAGACAGGGACAGCAAAGACUUCAGCAAACAGAGCUCUGAGAAGAGCUCUAGUAAAGCCAAGAGGAAACACAAGAACGACGAAGAGGGCACCAAGCCAGAGAGCAAGCGAUGCAAGCUCGAGGAGAAGUCCCUUUCUCAUCAUAAAAACAGCAGUAAAGAGUCUAAGAGGUCUUUGGAGAAGAAAGAGGAGCCGGUGCCCUCUCCAUCCAUGUCAGGUCUUCAGCGGACGCCAAAGGCAGAGCAUCCGAGUCGAAAGAGAACAGUCAGCCAGUCCUCCACCUCUCUGUCCAGUGGGACAGGAAGCGGAAAGGAGGGAAGCCACAGCACCAAGGGCAACUCCACCUCCAAACACAGAAAAGGAGAGGACAAGGGACGCAGCACGCGCGAUGGCAAGGAGAAAUCCUCAAAGGGCUGUGAUAACCAGCUGGCUGUUCCUCCGCUCUCAACGGACGGCUCCAAGUCUCAGAGAUCCAAGCUGGUGUUUGAGGACAGGGUCCAUUCAGCAGAUCACUACUUACAAGAGGCCAAGAAACUUAAACACAAUGCAGAUGCACUGCUGGACCGUUUCGAGAAGGCCGUGUACUACCUGGACGCUGUGGUGUCUUUUAUUGAAUGUGGUAAUGCUCUGGAGAAGAGCGCCCAAGAGGCCAAGUCUCCCUUCCCCAUGUACGCUGAAACGGUGGAGCUGAUCAAAUACACUAUGAAGUUAAAAAGCUACAUGGCCCCAGAUGCUACUUCAGCAGACAAGAGGCUAGCUGUGCUAUGCCUACGCUGCCAGUCUCUCCUGUACCUGCGGCUAUUCAAGCUGAGGAAAGACAGUGCACUAAAAUACUCUAAAACACUCACAGAACACUUAAAGAACUCGCUGAGUAACACCCAGGCUCCCUCUCCUGGAAUGGGAAACAAGGCGGCGGGCAUGCCCUCUCCGGUCUCUCCCAAACUGUCACCGGGCACGGCCGGCGGUUACUCGACAGUCAGCAGCAGCAGUAGCGCCAGCUCGUCCGUGACCAUCCCUCAGCGUAUCCACCAGAUGGCCGCCAGCUACGUCCAGGUCACCUCCAACUUCCUGUAUGCCACCGAGGUCUGGGACCAGGCUGAGCAACUAUCCAAGGAGCAGAAGGGUAAACAACUUCAAAAACUAGACUUCUUCUUGGAGUUGGACAAGGUGAUGGGUCCUCUGAUCUUCAACACCAGCAGCAUGACAGAACUGGUGCGUUACACACGGCAGGGCCUCCACUGGCUGCGCCUGGACGCAAAGCUUAUUCCUUAGCAAGGACUCGCUCCCUGCACGCUGCUCUCACACACACACAUGCACACAUCAGCCUCUUGCGUUCACCAACAUGUGCUCAAAGACACACAAAGCAUGCCCUUGCAGACACACACAUACAAUAAUGUACUGUAUGCACACACGCAACCACAGUCCACCUCUGGUCCUCCAUGUACACACACACACACACACACACACACACACACACACUGAACUUCUCAGACAUAUCUCCAACACUGUGUCCAUUUCCUACACCAGCUUGCCAAAAACACUGAGCAAUUUAGAGCAUCUCACACCGUCGACAGCACCACACAGGGAGAAGCAUCGGAAAACUGCAGCACAGGAACAAAACGAGCUUAUCGCCACGCUUCAUAUAUAUCGGCAUUCUUACACAAUCUUCGAAGGCCAUGUUUUUAUCUAUUCGGCAUGGAAGCGCUGGGUGAAUUUAUUUGUUAAGGAAACGCUUAAAAAUGGGGGUUUUGGUUUUUAGGCUACUUUGGCUUUUAAUUUUUUAUUUGACUUUUGUUUUCACCAAAGUACCUCCCAUGAACACCAAAGGUGCUUUAAAAAUGAAGGUUUCUCUUUAUCAUUUUUGUGCCUUGUAUGUGAGCUACAGGAAAACAAACAGCCACCCGUCAUAUCUGAAUACAUGGUUUUUAUUUUUCCUCUUUUACAUCGCGAUAACUAAUGAAUUUAUUAAACAUUUAGCAGUUAACGGAAGCUGGCAACAAUUAUGUUUUUUUUUUCUUCUUUUUUUCAUUUUUAACUUCUGUGAAAGCGUGUGAUAUUUUAGAGCGAUGAUGGUGUCGGUCACAAAUUGAUUUCUCUUGUUCCUUCAAAGUCUUCUGGCACUAAAUGUUCAUCCCCCGGAGCAUGCCCGUAAGGUUAUCUGGACUGUAGGAAGGGCUGCUGUGCACAGCAUACAUGUGACACACAUAUUUAUUAAUAAUCUUAAUCUUUAUCAAUCAGCGUAUUAGUUUUUAACAGUGCAAUUUUAUUUUUUCCGCAAUCAAAAAUGUUCUUGCAGCCCUGCAAAGUCUGUUGAAACCACUUUUGGUCCAGUUUUAUGUAAGGAGCAAGCACGGCCUCUAGGGGCCGCUAUUGGGGCCGUUUUUUAGACUCUUUAGCCUUAAUCAAAUUGAACAUGUCAAUGUUCUCUCUAAGAGAUUUGCCGUCGUUGAAGCUCCAGAAUCUCUUCCGAUGAAAUGUUUUGACACUCGUAAGCGUCAUUGUUCAGUGAGAAAUUUCCUCAAAGGGUGAGUCACUUCCAGACAGUGUUAUUCAUUUUUUGAUCCUCUGUUUGCUCAGAGUGUAUUUUUCUAAGGAACAGCAGGGAGUGUCUUAAGUAUUUUGAAAUCAUUUCCACGUAUACAAAUGCAGUUAUUCACAUCGCAGUUAUAAGACAUGGGCCUGAGUGACCACUAAUACGGCACAAGAGAAGCGAAUUCACCACGAAAAGGAAAGAUGUUCUUUAGAGUCAUCGAUGAAGCAGAUUAGCAGUGUUGCAUUUAUAGAACAAAGAGUUUUAAGUCUAUGAUUAUAUAUUUCAAAAAUAUAACGGCCAAUAUAGAUUUUAUUUAUAUACCAUGCUGUUUUUUUUGUUUUUCGUCUUCUGGCCAAGCAGAAGUCAAACUUUUCAAAUGCAUACUUGUAAAACAGGGUUGAAUAAGGGUUAUAAGAUGCAAAGUAUUUGUAUAUGUCCUAUUUAAAUUAAAAAAAUCUUAAUCAUGCUUGUAUUACAAGAGUGUAGAUAAGAAAAGCAUCAGCUAUCAUUACCGUGGUUACAGGUAAAGACUUGAGCUGUCCAGGUGUGAACAUUUCUGUUGGUUAUUGGAAAUCACUGGUUGUUGUCAUCAGGGGUUGGGUUUGAAUAAUGGUGGUGGUUUUAAAUGAAGACGUUAACAUUACACCCGAGAUUUCAGAUGACGUUUUGGUGUUUGGUAAUGAUCAAUGACAUGAAGGACUGUCCUUUUGGUUCUGCUUUUUUUUUUUUUUUUGCCCACUUCCUAUCAAAACAUGCUGGAAAUAUUAAAAGCCUGGGUCAAAUAUUAUUCACGUAUUGUCGCUUGGUUUUGUGUUAAAUAAUAGCAGAUGAGUUUGGAUAAGAGAAAAAUGCCAGAAAGUUUCAUAGUCUGUUACUUUCUGGUACUUUUUUUUUUCUUACAUUCAAACAUAAAUUUGGUGUAUUUUCUGACACCACAGAUUUUUUGUUUUUGUUUUAUCAUCUCAAGAGAAACCCGAAGAAUUAAUAUUUGGCCCAGGUUUGACCUUUUUUUUUGUUUGUUUUUUUAAAGUGGUGGUUUUUGUCUUUUCUUUCCUUCACUGGCUCCCUGGCCUUUAUCGUAGGAGGGGAUACUGUUAUUUCCUCUUGCACUUGAAAAAGAGAAAGUCAGAGGAAGUAUUAUUUUAAUCUAUGCAGGAUUUUUACAAAAAAAAAAUCUUUCUGUGGAGAAAAGGUUUCCUUUUUCUUUUUUUUUUCUUUUUUUUUUUUAGGCUUGGGAUUUUAUUUUUUUUUUCUGCCUCAGUGAGAAACCUGUUGAACUCAAGUGUCCAAUGCCUUUAGCUUUUGCAAUUUUUGUGUACUGGUUUAGUAUAUAUGUGUAUAUAGAUCUGUUUUUAUAACCAAACACAGAUGGCUUGAGCCAUUUUGUACUUAAAGCUGGAGGCCACUUUUUUCUCAUAAGAAUUCCUCUGUGGGUUUUGCCAGCCCAGUCAAUGUCUUCAUACACUGGUACACUUUGUAAGUACAGGUCUGCGCCUCGUGUUCCCUACACUAUCUUGUAGUCAAAUGUACAAAAUUUAGCAUUAGAAUAAUUUUUAACAGUUUGCUACUCACACUUAUUUAUUUUUCUGCCCCUUUGCUUAAGGUUUUUUCUUUUUUUUCUUUUCAAUUUUUGCCAUUUUAUGAAAUAGGAAGAUGUAAAUGUAUCGGGGUUGUUCAUGAUGAGAUUUCAUUGUAAGUAGUAAUUAAUAUUAAUUCUAACUUGAAAGAAUCCAGGGUAAGAUGAGUUUUUUUUUUUUUUGACAUUCAGUAGGAAGAUGUUAACACUUGCAUGUUUCUAUUUAAAUACAAAUGUAUAAAUUGUAAAUAUAACAUUUCUUUAAGGGUGAAUUUCUACUACAGGUUGACAUUUUUAUUGAAAUUUAAAUGCUGUAAAUACAUUUUGUGAGAUACUUUAUGCACAUUUUUUUUCCCUCUGUGGGCUUUGUGUUCUCUCUCCUUCUUCCUCUUCUUCCAAGCUGUUACAGAUGACCUCGCGGUCUCUUAACGCCGUAUAUCAAAUUGAUUUCUCAGUCCUUUUCUUACUGUGCUCGUAUUCUGUCUCCUGCUUCAUUGUCUCUCAGUAUCACGGUCGCCACAUAAUCAUUAACGUCUCUAGAUCCAAGUGCGAAUAUUUUGUCUUCUCUGUAUUUGAUAUGGAGGUGUGUACUUUUCAUGAAAUGUAUAUUGUUGAUCUCAUAGGAUGGAUGUAUGAAUGGAUGGAUGGUGUGUACAGUCUGUUAUGUAAAACCACGUCUGUUUUUGUCCCCAUGAGACAAAUGUAUUUACUAUUUGUCCCUUUUGAACAAUUGGUCCAACAUGUCUUUUGAAACAGAGGUAUUUCUCUACAGGUCAAAACAGUUGUAGCAGUUUAUACAGUAUGUUGUAUAACACCUUUUUUCUAAAAGUCGUCUCUGAAGUGAGACCAGCAGCAUACACUAUGUACAAUAGACUAAAUUGGAUUAGUUUUAAGAGAACUGAUGAUAGAGAUACUAUAUAUGAUGGAUGCAAUAUGAUUAAAGGUACUCAUUGAGUUUGAUCUUCAAACUUAGGUUAUGUAAUUUAAAAGCAUUCUUGUGAAGUGAGUAUUAAUUGUGACUAAUGAGAGUCUGUCCUGAAUAUUCUUUGUAUUUUGCCGUAUUGAGAAUAAAAUAUAUAUGGAUAUGUUUAA